GCGGACUCUCCGGUUUGUGACCUGCAGCGGGAGCGUUCUGAAUGCGGCACGACGCGGUCCCCGCCUCUGGCUGCUGGCGUGAUAAAUAUAACGCGCAGUCAGUCAAACGACAGACAACACGACACGACACCACUCACCUCCUGCAGCAUGGACGAGCAAAGAUACCCCGUCAAUGUCCAGCUUGUUGGAUUGAUGCAGAAAGAAGUAGCUAAAUUGUACAUAACCACUGUAACUUGGUCAGACCAAAAUGAGAUUACUGUGUACAGAUCGCUUGAAGACUUCAAGACUCUGCAUAGGCAACUCAAGAAGAAAUUCCCUCCUUCAAACCCCUUUAGAAGGUCAGGAAGGAUUCUUCCCAAAUUUAAAGCUGCAAGAGUGCAGAAGAACAUGCAGAAGUGGAGCCCCAGUAAGUCGGUGCUCAGACUGAAGGCUCUGGAAGAAUACUGCAGUGAACUGCUGAAGAGCGAUCCCCGUAUCUGCCAGAGCUCAGAGCUCCUCCAGUUCCUGCUUCCCAAACCCCAGGACCUCGAUUCUGACUUUGCAAAAAACAGUAUCGUGAUCAUGCCAUCAGAAACCUCUCUGAGCAGCGGUAAUGUUGGAAUGAACAACGUCACUCAACCCUUUGUUACUGAAACAUACCGAUGCAUAGCUACUUAUGAGACCAAGGACACCAAGAAUCGGCCCUUCAAGGUUGAGGUGGAUGAGGUUGUGGAUGUGCUCAUUAAAGACCAAAAAGGAUGGUGGCUGGUGGAAAAUGAAGCCAAACAUCUCGCUUGGUUUCCUGCUCCUUAUCUGCAAAGAGCUGAAAUGGAUGAUGAUGGUCCUGAUGUGAUGGAUGGUGAAAGUGUUUUCUAUGUUGCCGCCAAAAGUUACAGAGCCAUGAACAGUGAUGAACUAUCAGUGGAGAUCGGGUCUGUGAUGGAGGUGUUACAGAAGUCUGACAACGGCUGGUGGAUAGUGAGGUACAAUCGAAAGGCGGGGUUCGUACCAUCCAUGUACCUGCAACCAUACAAUAACCCACGAAUGCACCUGAUGCCUGCUAAGAGGGAGUUAACCAGCUCCACUCUUGACUUGGCACAGCUUCAACGUCCUGGAGAAAAUUUCCUGCAGGUCUCUGGCCGUGAGCUCAGCAGAUCCCAGGGCAACCUGGGACCUCCAGGAAGCACCCUGGACCCUAAAGAUAAGCAGAUGUCACGAUCAAUGAGUAGACUGCCGGAUGCUCAUACAACACGGCUGCCUCCACCAUCAGUGCGAGUGGAGUUUGUCGAGAACGGCCAGCAAAGCAGUGUGAGUGAUGACAGUGAAGAGUUCAGCGACGACAGCAGCUUCUCCGGCAGCAAUUCGCUAAAUUGCUCGUACACGGAAGAGCAAUUACGCAGGAGUAGCAUCCCUACGCCUGACUCCUCCGGCAGCCUGAGCCCUGAAAGUGCCGGAGAAGGCAAGAUGAUCGGCAGCAGAUCAGACCCCAGUCUCAACAAGAUGCCCUCCUCUCCCAAGAUACCCCCCAGACCCCAAGCUCAGGAGAUACUCAAACGCUGCACCACCGUCACACGCAAAAACCUGCAGAGAACCAGUUAGGCCGAUGUCUCAAGCACUUCAGGUUACAUGUUUGAGGAGAGCAUCCAAGAGUCCAGGUCCAGACCAGCAUUAAUGUCAAAGCAUUGCCAUAACGCUUGCUUGAUGCUGAUUAUUUGAUGGACAAAUAUGGAGAGAUUCUUGCUACACAUUUAUACUACUAGAACUAAGCUUAGAUCUUAUUCAUGGAACAGAAUUAUUACAUAUGUUACAAAUGAUGGGUCUUCAUGUUUCUAGAGAAGCUGCUCUUUGCAUCUGAUAUACGUAGAUGAUCUUUUACUAAAGAAAAGAUAAUGCAUCAAAAUCUCUUAGAAUCUUCUACAUAAUAUUUGUAUGUUUCUUAGUUUUCCCUCUUUUUCCAUAGUGGAAAAUAUCACUUGUGCCUUAUAUGCAUUGUAUAUCCUCACAUAUAUUAUACUUGUAUACUCUUCACAUUUCACACUU